CGCGGUGACGGAAAGCGGCAGCUGGGGGACGGCGGAGGCGGCCGGGUGCUUCCCCCCCCCCACACACACACACCGGCCAGAGGAAGAUGGAGCUCGGGUAGCGAGGGCGCGCGGGCGGAGCGGCAGCAGGCACAUAACACUCCAGAGCUUCAAAAUCAGAAGUAAAAUCAUCUGGACAGUUGCCACCUGCCUUCCUAAAUAGGAGGAAAGUGGGAUUACCGGUGCCUGCCUCAUUUGCUUCACCAAAAUGAGAUAGGGCAUGCAGGAGAGAAGGGAUAUUUUUGCAAGUGGAAGCUACAAUGAUUUCUCAGGGGACACAAUUUUGCUUAUUCAUACCUUUUACUGUGGCAAAAAUGGAGUAUUUUCCUUACCAAAAACCAGCAGCAUAACGCCUAUCAGACACUUGCCUCAAGGAAAUCUUAUCAAAAGUCUGUUCACAAUGGAUGCCUUCUAGCCAAUCGGCGAGUCCUUCUGCUGCCUCAUGUCUGGCAGCAUCUCUGAAUGAUCGCAUGACUCUUGAUAUGGAUGCAGUCCUGUCAGACUUUGUUCGGUCCACGGGGGCAGAACCAGGUCUGGCCAGAGACUUACUAGAAGGCAAAAACUGGGACUUGACAGCAGCUUUAAGUGAUUAUGAGCAGCUCCGUCAGGUGCACACCGCCAACCUGCCACAGGUGUUCAACGAGGGCAAGUACUGCAGGCAGCCCGAGCCCGAGCAGCCCCCUCAGGUGACAAAGGCCGAGCGGCCCUGCCUGCAGCGGCAGGAUGACAUCGCUCAAGAAAAGCGGCUUUCCAGAGGCAUUUCUCAUGCCAGCUCAGCCAUAGUCUCUCUUGCUCGAUCACAUGUAGCAAACGAAUGCAACAAUGAACAAUUUCCUUUGGAGAUGCCCAUCUACACAUUCCAGCUACCAGACCUUAGUGUGUACAGUGAAGAUUUCAGAAGCUUCAUUGAACGUGACUUAAUUGAGCAGGCUACGAUGGUUGCUUUGGAGCAAGCAGGUCGUUUAAACUGGUGGUCCACGGUGUGUACAAGCUGCAAACGUCUUCUUCCCUUGGCCACAACAGGUGAUGGAAACUGCCUCCUGCAUGCUGCCUCUUUAGGAAUGUGGGGAUUUCAUGACCGGGAUCUUGUUUUACGGAAGGCGCUAUACACUAUGAUGAGAAGUGGAGCUGAAAGGGAAGCACUGAAAAGAAGGUGGAGAUGGCAACAGACCCAGCAGAAUAAGGAGUCAGGUUUAGUGUAUACAGAAGAAGAAUGGGAGCGGGAGUGGAAUGAACUGCUUAAGCUGGCAUCAAGUGAGCCUCGCACACAUUUCAGCAAAAAUGGAGGCACUGGUGGUGGAGUUGAUAAUUCAGAGGAUCCGGUGUAUGAGAGCUUAGAAGAGUUCCACGUUUUUGUCUUGGCCCACAUUUUAAGACGACCUAUUGUUGUAGUAGCAGACACAAUGUUACGAGACUCUGGUGGGGAAGCAUUUGCACCUAUACCAUUUGGAGGAAUUUAUUUGCCACUUGAAGUUCUACCUAACAGAUGCCAUUGCUCACCUCUGGUUCUAGCCUAUGAUCAGGCACACUUCUCUGCUCUUGUUUCCAUGGAACAAAAAGAUCAACAGAGAGAGCAAGCGGUGAUCCCCCUGACUGACUCUGAACACAAGCUACUGCCUUUGCACUUUGCGGUUGAUCCUGGGAAAGACUGGGAGUGGGGAAAAGAUGACAACGACAACACCAAACUGGCCAAUUUGAUUCUGUCUCUUGAGGCAAAGCUUAAUCUUCUACACAGCUAUAUGAAUGUAACAUGGAUACGCAUACCGUCUGAAACACGGCAGGCCCCUUUGGCUCAACCAGAAUCCCCUACAGCUUCAGCUGGGGAAGAUGUUCAGUCUCUGGCUGACUCAAUGGACUCGGACCGAGAUUCCAUCUGUAGUAAUUCCAACGGCAGCAAUGGAAAAAACAGUAAAGAAAAAGAAAAGGACAAACAGAGGAAGGAUAAAGACAAGAACAGGACGGACUCGGUUGCCAAUAAAAUAGGAAGCCUCAGUAAAACCCUUGGGAUUAAGCUGAAAAAGAAUAUGGGCGGUCUUGGAGGCCUGGUGCAUGGCAAAAUGAGCAGGGCAAAUUCAGGGAAUGGGAAAAAUGGUGACACCAUAGAGAAAGUCAAAGAGAAGAAGUCUAAGUCUCGCAAAGGUAGCAAAGAGGAAUCUGGACAGUCUGCAAGCACUUCUCCAUCUGAAAAAACCACUCCAUCUCCUACUGACCGAGCUAGCAACUCACCCAUUGAAAAGAUGAACACAAAGUCAUUGUCUGAUAAGCAAACUGACCCGUGGAAAUACAGCACGGAUGUGAAACUCAGCCUCAAUAUUUUGAGAGCAGCCAUGCAGGGUGAACGAAAGUUUAUUUUUGCUGGCCUUCUGUUGACCAGCCACAGGCAUCAGUUUCACGAGGAGAUGAUCGGUUAUUACUUGACCAGUGCACAGGAGCGUUUCAAUGCUGAGCAGGAACAGAAAAGAAAGGAUGCUGAGAAAAAGGCUGCAUUGAAUGGGUCAUCUAGUAGGAAGCUGGAGCCGGAAGCAUAUUCAAAAGAAAAGUUAGAAACAUCUCCUCAGGACAGGGCAUCACCUGUCCUGCCUCAAAGCCAUACAACACAACUGGUUUUAAAAUUUAAAGAUCGCACUAGUCCCACUCCUGGGUCAUUUUCUUCACCUAGUAAUGGUGCUAAGAAAAGUGGACCCAUUCCAGUAUCUGCCCACUAUAGCCAUACGCCACCUGUUCAAAGGCAAAGUGUCAUCCAUUUGCAUGAUGUCAACUCCAAGCCAUCGAGCUUCCAAGAUGACACUUACAAGCCAGUGGUUGGCACAUUGAAGACCUGUGCCACGUAUCCCCAACAAAACAGAUCGCUGUCUUCUCAGAGCUACAGCCCAGCCCGGAUAACUGGUAUCCGCACAGUGAACACAGUGGAGUCGCUGAGCUAUGCCAUGCCUACUGAACACAAGUCUCAGACAUACACUAAUGGAUUCAAUACUGGUGAUAUCAGAGACUGCUUAGAAUAUGCUGAUGAGGAUGCUCCUCAGACCUGGUUGAACAAUGAUAAAAAUCAAGGCAGAAGCACAGUUUGCCCAAUAUAUCCCAUCCAGCAGAACCGCUGUAAGAAGGAUAACUGUUCCUUUUAUGGUCGUCCUGAGACUGACAAUUACUGUUCAUACUGCUACAAAGAAGAGCUGAAGCGCAGGGAGAGGGAAAGUAAGGGACACAGGCAUUGAGGAUUCUUCCGUGACUAUAUUUAGUUUUACCAUUUUCUUACUUGCAGAGUAAACAGUGUGGAAUUGCAGUAAAAGGAAUCCUUCAAGAAAGAGAAUAAAGGAUUGAUGAGUAAAUAGUGUCUAGCUUUUCGCUUUUCCUGGGCAAUGAGGAAAUAAUAGGAUUAAUUUAUCAUAAAAAAAAUAUAUAUAUUAUUUUCCAUUUUGUCAGUGUCUUUUUUACAUACUCUGGGUAAGCUGAAGGGUUGUUUACUUCUUUGUCAGUGCUGUGUGUAUGUUUGGUCAAAAAUUUACUAAUGGUGCCUGAAUUUACACUGACAUCACUCAGGUAGUAGUACGAUAGGGGAAAGUCAUAAUGCCGGAGAUGAGGUGUUGUAGUAGGGUAGUAUCUGCCUUGUGAGCAUUUGAGAUUCUGUAGCUAUUACGAGAGUAUUUUUUUCCUCAGCAAGAAUAAAUUUUUCAUAGCUUUUCUUCCUGUCCAGAGGGUGUAGUGACUUUUGCAUAACGCACACUUCUAACAUGGCAGCAUACUGCAUUAGCACUAAUGUUUGUACUCACUUUAGUUUGAGAUGGAAUGAUUCUAGGAAACUUGAAGUGAAAGGUCUGAAUUCAUGAGGGCUGUAGCUCUUCCUGACUUUAAGUUCUCACCAAGUAUUUGUACACGUCCAUUAAAAAUUAGAUUUGUGCCAUUUUUGCCUGUAUUGAAUUUGUAAACACAUUUUAUAUAAAAACAUUAUGACCUGCAAGACUUCACUUCCUAAAAUAAAAAAACCAAACCAAAACAAAAAAACUCAUAUAAAACUCAGUAUCGUUUUGGGCACCUGAAUCUCAGUAGUAUUUUCACUGCUGCUGAAAUUGGAAAAUAUAUAUAUAUAUUAAAAUCAAAAUACAAAAAUCUUACUAGAUUUGGAAGAUUUGAUGACCAGCUAGGAGACGUUGGAUCAGUUUAGAGCCGAAUGAACUGCUUGUCAAAACAAGUGUUUUGCAUCCCCAGAUUGCCUUAGCCGUUAUAUGAAUUUAUUCAUUGUUUAUUCCUUUUCCAACGUUGUUGCAAACAUAAUUACUUCUGAGCAUUUCUUGGAGACAUUUGACCCAACCUGUUUUCAAAUCUUCUCCUUCAGUAAGCCGUGCAUCUACUGGGAGCUUUCAAGAUGGAUAUGAAAUGCCUACAGGUACAAAUGUCUUCUCCUAGCACAGAUGUGAAUGUCUGAUUUCCAGAUGUUGACAUAAGUACUUGCAAUACAUUUGAAAGUAAAGCUCUGUUCAGAAAUACUUUCAAGCAGAUGCUUGAAAUUAGCAUGUUUUCUUGAAUGAAGUAUAUGCAUUUUUUUUAUGCUAUUCCACCACCUAUUGGUGUAAUUUAACAAGAGUAGACCUUUACUGUGGCUGUGCUUGUGGCAGCGGUUCAUCAGCACGUCCCUAUGUUUUUUUUUCAGCUUGUUUUCAUGAAGAAGUACAGCCUAACAUUGCCUUCAAGAAUACUUGCUCUGCCAUCUCAAGAUGCAGGAUGUGAGUUCUGCUCUGUUCAUUACAGAAUAGCAUUUUUCUGGCCUGCACAAAACAGGUUGUUUCGCAGGGAUUGCUUCUUUUUUGCUGUACCCCAUUUUUGACUCUUGGCAUGGUUGGCCUGUAUGCAGCUAAUGCUAAUUAGCCUCAAAGCCUUGUGUGAAGGAGUCUGUGAAACACAACACACAGCCUUAUGCUGAUGUUUACUUUCUCUCCAAAAAGCACAUAGGCACUUGCUCUUGCCCCUCAGAAAUUUAUGCGACUUAACAUGUACUUAAAAUUGAUUACACCAGGGAGAUUUAAUGAACGCUUUCAGAGUAAGUCCAUUCACUGCUCCUCAGAGUCCUGGUCCUUCCCCUGUCUGCUGUUCCAUGAAUUCAGACCUGUACUUCAUGUAUUAGAGCAAUAUAUGAGCAUGCGCUGGAUGUCACUGAAUUUGCAGCCUUUCAUAAAAGGGAAAUGUUGGGAAGCCUAACGAGAAAUUAAAACUCACUGGGACUUGUGUCCUUGAGGUAAGCAGGUUCUAAAAUGCAUGACUCUGCUUGAAAACACUGGUAAGCAGUGUCCUGUUUAAGUGUUGUGAUGACAUGCAAGUUCUCAUUGCCAAAGAAAUCUGUGGUUUCAGGUUAUGUUAAAACAGGACAGAAUAUGUUAAAUGAGACAUUGGAUUAGAUUGUAUUUGCUGUUGGGUGGGAUGAAACUGGCAGGAUAAAACUUCAUAUAAUACAUAGUUAAGAAUUCUUAGAGCAUUACAGUAGUGAUGGCAUUUGAUGCUCUGUGAAAUGUUUGUGUGAAGUUAUGCUUAAAAAAACUCAUUAUUAGCAGCAGAGUGCACCAACCCAUGGAUCUGAGUCAGGUGCUUCCUUCUGAAUGAGGAGAACAGUAACAGUGCAUGUCUAAAACCAAGGAAUUACCAUGAGAAUUUACUGCUUUCCAUUUUUCAAAGUAAUCAUUUCUGAAGUAUGUUUUAAAGAUGUGCUAUUUGCAACAUGAAGUUUGCAGAAGGUCAUUUUUUAGAUAAGAGACUCAUCUAAUAGUAAUUAUGCCACAGGGUCUUUCUCUGUGCCUGACCUGACUCCGCGUUGGAGAUGAGGCCAAGCUGUGCAGAAGUCACUUUUGGUUUUGGAGAUCCCUGUUCAUGUUUUUCUGUUAUCUCACAUGGCUGCAGUACAUGCGUGUUCAUGCAUUUGUACUAUGCCUUUUUUUUCUUCCUCUUUAACAGCAAUUGGACAUUAUCACUGUUAUUCAGAUUCUAAAAGUACACACUAAAGUACAGACUGCACCCUCCCAGAACAGCUCCAAAACCACCAGGAGAUGCUUAGAUUUGGAGGAAGCUGAAACUUUUAUAAUAUCUGAAUGUGCAGCAUUUAAACCUAUUACACUUUAAUUUGGUCAUGAACUCAGAUACAGAAGUCUGCUCAUAACACAGUAGGCCUGUAAUACAUAAUGGGUUUCAGUCACGCUUUCUAUUUAAGUGCCAUUUAAAAUGCUGUACAAGGAGUUCAUAAACUAUUGCUAGACUCUAUGAGUAUUUUUUUCAGAUGUGGGUAUCAGUUGUAACAGACAGCCAACAAGCAGCUCAUUCUGAAGGUGGUACAGAUUAUCAAAAGCAACUUCUAAAUUUUUAAGUGAUUUUUAAAUGAUUGAUUGACCUCUUGUUAAUGUAAUUCAUUGUGCUUUGUAGCUGCAAUGGAAGCAGUGCAUGUGACCCAGAUUCCUUUAGCUGUUAAUUCCUUCUUCCUAAGUCAAAGGUAACAUGAGAAGCAUCAGUGAAAGAAAAAUGCUGUAUUUGGAGAUUGUGUUGCUUAUUUCUUAGUGCAUCUAAAUAGGCCAAGUGAAGUCUUCAGGGUCGUCAUUUCUAAAAUCACAAAUCUCAUGGUAAGAGCAGUAGCAUUUGAUAAAGAAGGCAUUGAGGGGAGAUGCUUAGCAUGGGUUUGUGCACCAUUUGACUGCAGAUCAAAGCAGUCUGCUGAGGCAAUAUACAUACAGGCAUAUUCAGGGUAAUCUACUUCACUUGUGAUGAUGAAUGUGUAGAUAUCAAAAAAUGCACAGCACAGAUCUGACAAAAUACUGCCCUCCAACUCCCUGACUCUGCAAACAACUACACUGGUGCUCAACUUCACCAAUAUGAAUAGUCUUCCUGACAUCAAGGAGACUGCUUAUUUUCGGAAACUUAACUGUUAAGAAACAUAGCAUAGAUGUUGGUGGGAUGGAGGCCAGAGACCUUUAGCCAGUGCUUGUUCUCAGGCUGCCUGUUGGUGCUCUUACAGUGGUAGAACGGAUGAGCAUUGUGCCUGUGGAGCAGGGGGGAUGCUUCAGGCCUUUGUGGGAUAAAUCUGCUGUCCUCUGAAAUCUACAGACAGAAUACCAUUAGCAAAGGGGGCCUUAAAUCAGGUGCUUCACGGACACAUAAAAUACUUGCAAGCUGGAUGUGAGAGCAGAGCAUGAGCUAGUGCAGAGCUAACGUCUUCGUAACACUGGGAAAGCUCUGCAGUUAGAAACCUGUGUGUUGACAGACGUCACAGUGAUCUCAGACAGGCAGAGGUCCAGAGAAGCAAAGUAACUGAUGCUGAUUGUAGAUGGCUUUACAGCUUUGGGUACUUCAAGUCUCUGUCAGUGUAUUUGAAGCGUAUUUCUUUUCAGGUAUGAGAGCUCACAGAGAGGAUCACCAAACGGUGUACAGCAUAGAACUUAAACUAUUUUGGUAUCAGGCACUAACCCCUCUUUUAAUUUGCACAUUCAUUUCCUAUGUAUGUGACUAAAAAUACUGUAUUGUUACAAAUGAGAGGAAAAUAACAUGGUGGUGUUUCUAAGUAUGUUCUGUUUGUGGACUUAAGGCUGUAUUAUGUUGGAAUUUUACAAGCCAAGUUUAAACUGUAAUAUAGAAAUUAUUUUUAUAUUAUUUUCAAAAUAUGCUACAGAGCAAUAUUUUGCGCCUUUAUUAUAAACAGGGUCAUCAUUUUAGUAGGUUACCUUCCAAAGUGCUGGUAGAAACUAAGCACGAAAAGAAAGCUUUGUAAAAAUGUGUGUGUUGUUUCUAACUGCUGUCUGUUGUGCACAUCUGUGUCUAAUGAGAGUUGAGUAUACAGUUUUUUUCUUAAUUGAAAAGCUUUAAAUUUUCCUUUCUGUAUUUUGGUAAAACUCUCCUUCCAAUCCCUACCAACAGCCACUUUUAUAAGCAGCUUAUGUAUAAACAUUCAUCUGGAAAGUUUUCUUACCACAUGAAGCGUUUCUGCACUGAUUCUGGUUGACCCGGGCUGCUGAUCACAUACCCUGCACCCACUGAUGUACAAUAAUUCUGCCUUUUAAAAAGAUGGAAUCUUGGAUUGACUAUUCCUUGCAAAUGAAAAUCAAGACUUAGGAAUCAGUGCAUUGAUUUAUCAUCUGUGGGAAGAAAAUGACUAUAGAUCAUAGAGAUGUCAUCUUGUGAUUGGUAGAUGCAUUGUAUCUGAAUAUAUAUGGUAUGUGUUGCCUCCCUGCAGAUGAAGGUGUGCAGAUUUCAUUUCUUCAUGGGUUUUUGUACUGUGCAUCUUAAUUACCGGCGAGUCAUGCAAAAAAAGGCUUUAGGAACUGAGGCGUGUUUUAAAUUGGGCAUCAGUACAGAUUUUAAAACUCAUCUAGCUUUUGUGAUUUAGUUUGUUUGCUUUUUUGUUUGGUUUUCUGCAUUCCCUAUUAAGUUACGUACUCCAACCAAAACAGUAGAAUCUGAAUGCCUAAUGCGAGGCUUCUGCAUCUCAGUUUCUCCUGAUAAACAGGCUGAUUUGAAGAUGGACUGAGCAUCAGUUUCUGCUGUAGCAUGAGCUCUUGGUUCCAGAAAGUCAGGGGAGCAUUACUCCAACACGUAUUCAGGGUUUUUCUUUAUUUUUCUGCUUAUUUUUACUCAGUGGAAAUUGCAUUUUAUCUUCGGUGAUUUUUCCAUGUGUGAACAAAUAGUUGAGUUUAUUCAUUGAUUGCUUGCCUACGGAGAGACUUGCUUUGUACCAAAAGACCAUAUUGUUAUACAUUAACCUACUGCAGUCAAAACAGGGCUACUGUAUUCCACAGAUGUUCUUGGAUAGCAUAUUCGCUCUGAUUUUUUUUCCUCUCAAGUAAAUAUGCUGUUCUCAUUGCUGUUUUAUCGCCUAUUACCUGAAUGCAUGUAUUGUGUCAAGAGAAUUGAAAUGGCUGAUGCACAUUUGCACUGUGGAGCACGUGAUAUGGGUAAUAGCCACCGGGUUCCAAACAGCCUUAAAGUUACAGCUCACUGGGGACCAGGAGUCACUUAGCUGGAUGCAGCCUCUGCCCCACUUCUCAUUUAGCCAUGGCUGUAAAGCAUUCUAGCUUGCUGUACUCUGCAUAAGUGUCUGCAUAUUCAUCCAAACAACCUGUCACUUUAAAAGGCGUUUUUCUUUAAAAGCUCACAGUUCUUUGAUAAGUGUCCCUAUGUCAGAAGACCUUACUCAACAUAAGCAAUGGGGCUAAAAACAGGUGAAUGUUGGGCAGUGCAGUAACCAUGGCACCAGAAUACUGCAGAAGCGAAGGCUAUGUUGUGUCAGGAACCAUUUCCUUUCAAGACUGGAAAUGUAGAUCUUUGUGCAUUCUGGGAAAGCAGAGCAUUGUUGCUUUGCCGUUUAUCUCUGCAUGCUGUAGCCUUUCACUUUGAUGCAGAGGUUUGCCCUUCGCCAAAAAGCAAAUUCUGCAGUGGCAGCAUCAUCUGAGAUAACAGAAGUAUGGACCAGUGUUAGAACUAGAGAACUAGACAGUGCCUAAGGUACCCUCUGCGGGUGCUGCGUAUUUCAUUUUCCUUUUUCUUUUCCCCUUUCUUUAUCCUUUUAUUUUUUUUUAACGGGAAAUUAAGUACAUGAAAACUGGUACGAUAAUGACUUCUUUUGUUCAUGUGCAGAAUCAACAUAAACAUGACAAUGGCUUUAAGGCUGGGGCUGGCUUUCAGGAAGCCCAGAGGUAAAAGGCACCUUUUGAGGUAAAUCCCAUGGACUUGUUUUGCCAUAGAAUGGAGUUGGGAUCCUUUGGCAUAGAGCCUUUGCCCAGUGAAGCGUGACAGUGUGUCAGGAGCCUGAGAGCCAUGGCUGACCCUUCUGGCCCGUGGUGGCUGAGCCGUGCCUGCAGUGCAGACGAUGUGGAACACUGUCUAGUCAUUGCCUCCAGGUUUAACUAACACAAAGCCUCUUCCCCAUGCUUUUGUUUUAAAAUAUGCAGGAGAUGUCACAGCAAACCACAGUGUCUCAGGCUAGGAGAGUGCCUGGUGUCUCCUUGUAGCAGGCUUGCAAUCAGGUAUAAAUCGAAAUACAGCCAUGUAGGCGUGGUAAAAGCGCUCUUGUCUCUAGACUUUGCAAACUGUGUGCACUUAUGUUUUAAUACUAGCAGAAAUCAGGCAAUGAUUUUAUUAUUUAAUUGUUCAAGGUUCCAAGUACUGUAAAUACAGUCUUUGUACUAUGCACGUACAGUACACAGAAUGCUUUCCCUUGGAGCCUCUCAAGGAGUGCUGCACGUACAUAAUCUCUUUCUCAAUUGAUUCAACAUAAACCAAGGAAAAGAAAUGGGGCUUAAGCCCCGGUUAAAUAAUGAAUCAGACCCUCAGAUCUAAGCAGCAGGGAGUUCCCAACCGCAAUAACCCAGGUCAGCUUUGACAGCUUUGUAUAAAACUCUGUCCAAAUGAUCCAGAUUAGGAUUAGGCCUGUGCUCUUUCCUGGGUAGGAGCAGUUCCUUCGUGUCUUUCUCAAGCCCAUUGCUCUUAACUGUGGGAGCUCUGUGUUGCACUCAUGAUGUGCCAGCCUUACCAUGAUUCAGCUAUGAAACAGUUUAUCAAAACUGUACAACUCUUGCAUUCCUAUUGGAAUCAGUCUAGAGCUUGAUUUUGCAUUCAAUUUUAAGAAAUAAGGUACUGUUAUAAACUAUUUGUCAUGUCUCAAAGUUAACUUUUGCAUGGCAGAGAGGCAAUGUUCUCCUUGGAAAGCUUUGUUCCUCCUCAUUGAUUCCUGUGACUGAUGUGUUUGUGUGGGAAAAGUUGAAUGAGAUGUUGAAAACAUUGGUGCAGUUCAUCUGUGUUUCUGACAUUCAGUAUGCUUUGUGUUGCACGGUUCUGUGUUAAAAACCAAUGCCUUUCAGAUAAGGGUAAAUCUUGAAGGGCAGUCCAAAUUAUUAUACACAAAGGGUAUACAUAGCUAAUUGGUCACACCAUUACUGUUGUGUAAUUUGCCCUCCCCAAAUUGUUCAUACACGUUUUUUUUGCUACUGCUAAUGUUUUCCUUUUAUAUUCUGCUUCCUUGACAAGUCCGAAAGCUCUUUGUUCUCAUUUACCUUUUUAAGCCUCUGCUACGUUUUUCAUCUCUGGUCAGUUGGCAUAAAGAGUAGCUUGUUUCCAUAAACAUUAUUUCAAAUGACAUUGAUUUCAUGCUCCAUUUAUAGAAGUUCAUUUACUCAUUAAUUGAGGGUCCCUCUUCAAUUAUAACCAUAGCUAUUGAUGUAAAAUUAAGAAGAAAUCAGGUCGGGUAAUGGUUCUAAGAACCUAGCAAACCAAGCUUUUUUAAAACUGAAGCACUGUGUUUGCACCUUCACUGUGUAUCUCAAAGAAGGGUGGUUGGUUCUCACCAAUGCUUAAGUGAACAUUAAUAAGGAGUAAAGCAAGCCUCGAUGAUCUUUGUUGGUUAAGAAUUGGACUUUUGGUGUAGUGGAACCUACCUUAUUUUUCAGACCUUGUGUUUCAGUUUCUUACGGUCUUCUAUGUAUUUAUACUCUUCUAACAAAGAUUGACUUUGGAUUUCAAAAAGCAGUAUAGUAAGGUGUAUCUGAAAUGUAUUUAAAGCUGAAGCGCCUUUUUGGGUUUCUCUGUAUUUGAUCAUUUUCAUGCAAAACUUUUAUUACGUGUGAAAGAAAUGAAUUUGUCCGUUCCCAUUGCCUUCCCCAGUCGUAGUUCCAAGGUGUGGUUGGUUGGAGUCACUUUUGCCUGCAAUGAAAACUUUUGGUUGUUUUUAAGCUGACUGCCAUAUAUUUCAAUCCGUUGUUCAAAGGAGGUGAGCAUUCAGUAAUGUUAAAGGAUCUUGUUUUGUUGUGAAAAGUAUGAGUUCUUGGGAACCUUUUCUACAUGCAGUUUUCAUUCUAAUUCAAUUUAAACGUCAUUUUUAAUCUGAUCCAUACUUUGACAAAGAUGAUGUGUACGAGCUGUUUUUAGCAGUCGGAUUGUUCCUUUGUAAAGUAUUAAAGCACUAAACCAAUUUUUGCAAUAGGUAGUAAAACUUGCUUAUGUUUUGAAAAACUUCCAGUUAUAACUGUCGCACUUUUUAUAGCAGAACUGUAAUUUAAUUUCUUUCUUUUAUGAAAGAUUACUCCAAGUAACUGAUAGCUCUGUAAUCUGUGUGAAUUGACUUCUCCUUAUUUGAAACAGAGAGAAGCUAUAAUGCCUAUUCAAUAAAAUUAACUUAUUUCUAAAGUA